AUGCCGCUCCUGUACCAACCUGCCCUCACAUUUCUCGACCAGCAAGGCCAUUCCGACGCGGUGUCAUGCGUAACUUUCAGCCACAAUGGACAGUACUUAGCAUCGGCAGGGAUGGAUUGCAAAGUUUGUAUUUGGUCCUCAACAAAUGGGGCACUCAAGUACGUUUUCUUCGGGAACAGUCCUGUCCUUUCGCUGCUGUGGCUCGAGCACUCGAGCACCGACCUCGUGUGUGGGAUGGAAGACGGGACUCUUGCUUUUCUGCGAAUAUCCGAUAUUCUUGUAGAGUUAGACGGGUUUGUGGCCCAUGAGUAUCCCGUCGAAUGCCUCGCCGUCUGGGGGAAAUACCUCGUCUCCGGAGCUCAUAACGAGGUCAAGGUAUGGAGUUACUGCAAAAAAAAGGAUUGGUUGACGAAUGUUUACAUCUCGCGUUGGCGCCGGGACUUUGAAGUCAAAACACCCAAACCAGAUGCAGGCGAGAAGGUCGUCGUGACCUGUUUGCACUGGAUGAGCACUCUCCAGCACCCCUCCGUACUGCUGGCGGUGUAUAGGACCCAUGGCAUCGUAGCCUACGAUGGGAAGUCAGGGAAAUGCCUGCAUUCUGCAUCUCUCCCCGGACGAAUCACCGACGCGCAUUUUAGUGCCGAUGGUCGCUUUCUCGCUGUGUCGAAUUCAUUGACAGGCUUCGAAGUAUUCCUCAUGCGCCAGCCCGGAAACGUGGAGUCUCUCUUCACCGCUCAUCAAGACGUCAGUGCCGGGUGCUGUCUCCCAGUCCGCUUCCUUCACCAAGGGACCGCAAUUUUCGGAGGUACAUCGAACGGCAAGGUCAACAUCUGGAAUAUCUAUAACCGACUCAAGCAGUCUCUGUCGUUGGGAGUCAUACAUACCCUCAUGCCCACUACACAGAGCUUCUACGAUGCCUCCACCGACAGUUUUUACAUUGCUACCGGGGUAUUCAACAAAAAUGCAGCCUGCCGCAUUAUCCUUUGGAAGGCGGUGGAUGUGGUUGAUGCGCGUAAGUUGAAUGGAGCUAGUGUCCGUCCUUUUGCACGUACUGAUGAACACCCUCUAGUCGGAGAUGGAUCUCUCAUGCCGACGCUUCCCGCACCUGAACGGACUUUCUCGGAACGAAUUGUGCGAAUGUUGACUUCCUUCCGGCCUUCACAUAUGCUAACUAAGUUGCCGCAGAUCCUUCAGGGUCUUCAAUGGGCCUUGAUGUCGAUAGGGUUGUAUGGCGGCAUUCGUUUUGUUUGGGACAAAGUAGUUGCGUUUAGUCGAGAUUGA